CACGACGCGGGGAACGAGCCGGUUACGCGAACUUCCGCGUUACGCAACGUGCUCGAGACACGGAGGUAGCGCGAGCACACGCACGUGGUGGUUCUGUUCAGCUCAGUCCAAGAUGUCCACGGUGUCCGCCGCCUGCAUGGAGCCUGCUGCCGCCGAGCAGAAGAAGCCUCUCAGGCCGUGCUGCGCCUGUCCAGAGACCAAGAAGGUCCGGGACACGUGCAUCAUUGAGAAGGGAGAGGAGAGCUGCUCCGUCCUGAUCGAGGCGCACAAAGACUGCAUGAGGGCGCUCGGCUUCAAGAUCUAGGCCUCCGUUUCCUGAGGACCCUUGGUGUUUCCUUCCCUCUUCCCUCACUCCUUAUUUAUCCGUCUCUCCCGUCUGUCCUCUGAAUAAAGGUCCUCUGCCACCGCG